AUGGACAUCGAGGGAAUGGAAUUCCUACUGGAUGCGGUCGACAGGUUCCCCGUGUGGGAGGAGUUUGCCGACAACCUUGACCACAUAGAUCCAGUCCCGCUGAUGUACCUUCUGGAUAAUGGGGCUGCUAAUCAGGAUAUUCGCCAGGGGGAUGUUGAUUCCGGGAUAACUGAGAUGGUGUGCGAUGGUGUGCUCACCGACGCUCAGGUAGGUGGCCAGCGUAGGCGUGAUGAAUCUCCGACGAGGUCUGCCCAGUCGACGGGAAGAGUAAAUCCGCAGGCCCCCGGCUGGACUAAAAGGCUUCGUCUCGGGAGUGUGCCACCGGACCGUGUGCCCUGUCCAUCAAGGAUGAGCGCCCUGGAGCUAUCAAUGCGUAAAUACGCUGAGCAACCUGACAAGAAUGUGGUCCGACCUGAGCUAGGUCUUAGUUUUGAUUCACUGGGCGAGGCGUAUGAUUUCUACAACUUGUAUUCUUGGGAAAUCUGUUUUGGGAUAAGAUAUGGAAAAAGCAGGCUGAACGCCGAGAGAACCAAAAGCAUACAGGAGAUAGUUUGUGGUUGUUCGGUGAGCGGCCUUUCAGUUUCAGAUUAA